AUGUUAAAUCAAAGUGGAGACAAUACGACUAGUAAAGAAGACGCAGCUACUGCAGAUGGUAAUCCACCGCAUGGCUUAAAUCGGACUAAAAAGGUUCGAGAUCAAGACCCUGUUAAAACUCUCGAUGAAUGGAUGAUUCGAAAUAAGCUCACAGUGUGGCCAAAGUCUCGUAGAGGUGAAGACACCUUAGGGAUUAAUAAAGAGGAAGUAUUAAAUAUUUUGGGAACUCCAUCAGAAAUUAAAGUUGGUCUCGCGAGUUCAGCUCGUAUCCUCUAUACGUUCAACUUGAUGUUAGAAAACAUUGAAAGUCGAUUAAAUACCUAUACGUCGCAGAUCGUAACAACUAAGGCUCCUCCAAGACCUGAUAGUAUCGCUACAUGGAUUAUUUCAACUAGCAGCUGCAUUCAGGACUUGGUUAGUGAAGAUUCUCACGAACUGAAGUCACUGUCUCAAGAUAAGGUCUCCUCUAUUCAUCAACAGGCUAAAGGUCUUAAUGGAAGCUAUCUAAUUAGAAUGAGAAAUAUAAAGUUUGCAGUGUAUCCUGGAUUUACAGACGGCGAAUUAACCCCUCUACCUUGUCAACUGGAACCAUUACAAAUCCUGUAUCGUGUAACUAAAUUACAGCAUUUUAAAGAUAUCUUCUGGUGGUUUUUUCUCGAGAAUGUAUCCCCUGAUGGCAAAAUUCAAGAUCGAAUUUUUACUCGAAUUUCCGAUAGUUACGUGGUUUUGAUAACAAAGUUAGCCGAUUCUAUUAAAGAUUUUUUUUACAAGUAUUUUAGCAACUGUUUAGCACAAGCUGCCCAUGCUGUCUUUGUAACAGCCUACCCAGAGUCUUUUAAAAUGUUUAUAAGUGAAGAGUUUAGAAGUAACCUAUUGAAUUAUGUAUCAGAAUGGAUCGAUGGUUGCCAUCCUCCUCCGCGUACUUGGAGUAAAUGGCAUAUUGAUGAACCGAAAAAUAUUUUAACAAAGCUAGAAAAAGAAAAAAAUUUAAUGAAAGAAGGAUUUAAAGAAGUGGUAGCUGCUAUUGAUUUACCAACAAUGGAAAAUGCAGCGGUCGAUCGUGAAAAACAAAUAAAAAGUAGAAUUUUGUCCAAUACAACUCGUACACAAUCUACAAGAACUAUAAAAGAGCUGGCAAAAAAAGGAAAAUUGAAGCCACUGUCCCAUGUUAUCGGCCAAGGAGAAGAAUUUCAUAAAGUAUCGUUUAAUGCUAAAGGCCGUAGCCCAUUGAUUACACAUUUCUUAAGGAAAAAUAAUGUGGUUCAAGAGGAUACUAGAACAGCUAUUAAACUAAAAUUAAUUGAUGAUACCCAAAAGAAAGCAAAAGUUUUGGAUGAUGAAUAUCAAAGAUUGUGUGCUGAAACUGAUGACGAUAUAAGAAAUAUCAAUAUUGAAAGAAAAGAAAUGGUUAAAGAUAUUUCAAAUCAAAAGAACAAUAUUUUAAAUCAGCCUGGAGAAUUAAAGUAUUUAAGUGAUCAAUUAAUGGAUAAAAAGGUUGGUGUUAUUGACAGUAACAUUUUAUAG